AAAUUCCAAAAUUACACCUAAUUUAGGAGACCUAUUUAAAAUGAGCGGUUCUAUAAAGAUAUCGAACAAGAACUUGAAAUAUGGCAAGCGAGAGCAAAACUGAAAGGAAACCCAAGAUUUUGUGCCUCCAUGGCUUUCGGACUAGUGGAGCAAUCUUGAGGAAGCAGGUCCAAAGAUGGCCAACUUCUGUUCUUCAUCAAUUCCAUCUCCAUUUUAUCGACGACUCAAUCCCUUCCAAAGGAAAAUCAGACGUCGAAGGAAUUUACGAUCCUCCCUAUUUCGAGUGGUUUGGAACCAGCGAGGACCCGACCAAUUAUGAAAAUUUGGAAUCGAGCAUUGAAUUCAUCGAGAGUUACAUGCUUGAGCACGGACCAUUCGACGGACUUCUCGGUUUUUCACAGGGGGCAAUGUUAUCGGCAGCACUGGCGUUGCUUCAAGCGAGGGGAGUUGCACUGACGAAGGUCCCGAAGAUCAAAUUCGUAAUAGUAAUUAGCAGUUCGAAACUGCAAUCAUCAUCCUUGGCCGCUCGAAUAGUUUAUUCUACGUCUAUUGCAUGCCCAUCCCUCCAUUUUUUAAGUGAGGAAGACUUCUGGAUGCCCAGUGGAUUAAAGCUUCUACAAUCAUUUGUUGAACCAUUAGUAAUUCAUCAUUCUAAAGGCCACAUAGUACCAAGACUUGAUGAAAAAAGUUUGAAGAUUGUGAACGGAUUUAUCCAAAAGGUUUCAAAGUUGUGACCACGCAUGAGUUUAAAUAAUUGAAUCGAAUUUACUUCUUAAAUAAGUUCUCGAACUUUUAUCAAAAGUAUAUCUUAAUUAAGUACGAAGAUUUAAAUCGUAGAAUCUUAACUUUGUUGGAAUUUUAUUAUUACAUCAACACAAUACAAAUAUUAAAAUGAUAAAGUCUGAA